UGCCCUGCAAAUGUCUAAUUUAAUAUAGUCACAUUACAAUUUACAAAACCUUCUUUUGCUAUGAUAGUUUUUUAGAUGAAACCAUUUACCCCAUUACCCACAGCCAAAUUGUUGGAGGUUAGGACAGACAGAAUUUGAUGGUCCAUGGCGCUGCCAAAGGACACUAAUGAGUCACAGAGCUUUACUGUUAUUUUUGAAAGAAAUAGAGCUUACUGUUAGGUUCUAGACAUUGCUCUCUCUCCCUCCCUGGUUCCUCACUGUAAUUCUGUAGCUCUCUUGCAUCUUUUGGAGCUAGGUCAGUGUCACACGAUCCUUUUCUCUGGCAGGAUUCAUGUGCCGGACUUUGUUACCAGCUUGGCAUACAUCAAUUUGAGUGGGGGUCAAUGGUUAUAGGAAUCCUUUCUAUCUCAAAUAUUUUGUUCGCUGUACUCAAGAUUUUGGACUUAAAUUCUACUUAUACACAAGCAGGACGAGAUUUCUCAUUCUUUGAUUCACCUGAUACCCUCAGAAAGUUUAGAAUCUUCUUUCUCUUGAAAUAUUUAUAAAAUAUUAUAUUGUGCAGUUGCUGUCCUGAACACCUUUCAUAUGCUUCCAGAAUGUUGCACAAAUUACUAAUGAUAAUAUGUUUUGCUUUCACAGGGAUAAGGGAAUAUCAGCAGAAAAAUGAAUGCUAAUACGUGGGUGUAACAAUGCACCAAUUCUCGCAAGCAUCUAAGACGACACUAGCUUGACAUACAUAAUGAAUAGGUAGUAAUUCUUGUCCGUCUAUUGUCUUUUGUCUUUUCCAUGACAUGGUAAUCAAACAACCAACUGUGCUUCCCUUUGCACCUAUCCUAUACACAAGAGAGGCAUGAAAGAGAAGAAACAUGACUGGUAACUAUUUUUAGAUAAGAAGCAUAACCAUUAGCUAAUUUUAGCUCUCACAGUAUCUUCCAUCCAUUCCUUUCUGAACACCUGGUCGUUAGUAAUUUCUAAUGGUUUGGUUCGUUUCCUUUUGACAUUUUUUAUUUUUUUUUCAAGUAUUGCCUUAGAGACAGAAAAAAUAAAGAAAUUUCUCUAUGAAACUCCCUUGCUGUGAAAUCCCUAUCUGUUGUUUGCAAUCCAACUUUGUUGUGUAUUAGUGUUCCUUGCACUCACUCUUCUCUGUCCAAGGACCGAAAUGGGGAGUUGGUGUCACAAUGGUUUACUGAAAGGAAAAAACAGAUUGAUACCUGGUUCUUGGUUCUUGUUACUGGGAUGCCUUCACAACAAGCUACAAUUUUCAUCAUAUUUGGCUGGUUUUUCCUGCUCCUGAUCACAUUUUCAAAGAGCUAAUCAUUGCCCACAAUCAACAUACUGUCCAUAUGGUCAGUGUUCUGCUCCUCCCCAAGGGUUGUAGCAAACUUGGGAAGUUGAGGCAAUGGUCAUUUGUUGUCAACUGCAGAGAUUAGCAAGAAAAACUGCAAAAAUUGGUCUUAUCGCAAUUAACUCGUUCAAGAAGAAGGCAUUGCAUCUUAUGGGCUGCCUUUGCUCCAAAGGCGCCAAAGAUGAUGCCAAUGCCACUUCUGGACGCAGAACACCAUCAAGGAAAAGUGACUCUGCUGCUGAUGCAGUUUCGAACAAUGGCGGUACAGCAGUGCUUAAUGCAAAGGCCAAAGAAAAAUUGUCUGGUGGAGAAAAAGUAGCAGUAGCUUUAGAUGCUAGGAUUAGCAGUGGUAACAAUGCAGAGUUGAAGGGGCUCUCUGGUGAACAUGUAGUUGCUGGUUGGCCAUCUUGGCUCAUAAAUGUGGCACCUAAAGCAGUAGAAGGCUGGUUGCCUCGGCGAGCAGAUUCAUUUGAGAAAUUGGCCAAGAUUGGGCAAGGAACUUACAGUAUUGUGUAUAAAGCCCGGGAUCUCGAAUCUGGGAAGAUUGUUGCACUAAAAAAGGUGCGGUUUGUCAACAUGGAUCCUGAAAGCGUGCGCUUUAUGGCUAGAGAAAUCCACAUUCUUCGAAGACUGGAUCAUCCGAAUGUCAUAAAGCUUGAAGGGAUUGUAACAUCUCGUGUGUCGCAGAACCUCUACCUUGUCUUCGAGUACAUGGAACAUGACCUUGCCGGUCUUGUUGCAACUCCAGGCCUCAAGCUCACUGAGCCGCAGAUAAAAUGCUUCGUUCAGCAGCUGCUCCAUGGCCUUGAUCAUUGCCACAAAAACGGGGUUCUGCAUAGGGAUAUCAAAGGCGCAAACCUAUUAAUUGACAGCAACGGAAUGCUCAAGAUUGGGGAUUUUGGCUUGGCAAUAUCAUAUGAUCCCAACAAUCCGCAGCCACUGACAAGCCGUGUUGUGACAUUAUGGUACCGACCACCGGAGCUUUUGUUGGGUGCCACAGAGUAUGGUGCUGCGGUGGAUAUGUGGAGUACAGGAUGCAUUGUGGCAGAAUUGUUCACUGGCAAACCAAUCAUGCCAGGAAGAACUGAGGUGGAGCAAAUUCACAAGAUCUUUAAGCUAUGUGGCUCCCCAUCUGAGAAUUAUUACAAGAAAUCAAAGGUGCCAGAAACAGCAAUGUUCAAGCCUCAGCAGCAAUAUAGGCGGUGUGUUACCGAGACUUUCAAAGAUUUGCCUCCUUCAGCUGUACUUCUCAUAGAUUCCUUGCUUUCACUAGAACCAGAAGUUCGUGGAACAGCCGCCUCAGCUCUUCAAAGUGAUUUUUUCAGAACCAAACCAUUUGCUUGCGACCCUUCAAGCCUUCCAAAACUCCCACCAAGCAAAGAGUAUGACAUUAGACUUAGGCAAGAAGAAGCGAGGAGGCAAAGAAACGCAGCACUUGGCAGGCAAGGAGCUGAAUCGAUCAAACCUGGAAAUGAGAAUCAUGCAGCCAGUCGUGCCAUUGAUAUUGCUGCUGAAGUUAAGCAACCCACACAUAACACUUCGAAGAGCACCUGUGAGAAGUUCAACACCGAGGACAGUGUGCCAGGGUUCCGGGUAGAGCCGCGAGCAUUGCCAACCUCAAUGCAGGUUCCUGAAUGUGGAUCCACAUGGAAUAACACAGGGGGUUACGCCGAUCAUCGUUCGGUUCUCGGUCGUGUUUACAGCUCUGUUCGUGUUGCGAGGAAGAAAGGAUCAUCAAAUUCAAAUAUACCACAGUAUGACGCUGCAGAUUUGAGGAAUGAUAUUGAGAUUACUGAUCACAACCAGCAAGUAGAUAGGCCUGUCUCUUCUCAGAAGAAGGAGCAGCAGGAGGACCACGGAAGAAAGCACAAAAGGAUCCACUACUCUGGACCAUUGAUGCCGCCAGGUGGGAACAUCGAAGACAUGCUCAAGGAGCAUGAGAGGCACAUCCAAGAAGCAGUGCGCAAAGCACGCCUCAGUAAGGGAAGCAGAUAGCUAGGAGAACAUAGAGCAACUGAAGGUCCUAGGAGAAGAUGAACCAGGGUUCGAUGGUGCGGCUGGCCGUUUUAGCACUACGAAUGCCAACAUAGCACUCAUCAGCAAAGCUGCCAUAUCGAGAUGCUGCAAGAGCUGUCACAUGUAACAUGGUCAGGCUAUACCAUUGAAGAUUAGUAAGAUGGAAGCAUCAUAAUAUAACAGAGCAUGAGUGAAUUACAUCAUAAAGAUCAGGAAGUUCAUAGGUAGGAUAACCUUUUAAUAUUGAUGAGUGCAGAGAAAUCGGGAUGGGGAAUUGCAAAGCCUGGGUCAAUAGAAUUUCUUUUCCAUUAUUUUGUAAAGAGGAGCUCCAGAAUUUAGGCCUUUUUUUGUAAGUUUUGAUGCAGUUAUAUUGUUACCACUGUAAAGUUGUUCAUCCAUAUUUCUGACAACUCUGGAUUAUGAAAAAUAACAGCUGGGUUUGAAAUUUCAAA